AACUCCUCCUACUGAGGAGGUGCUGAGUGUGAGGCGUCUGCAGAGCUUUACAGGCUGCGCUGUUGGGAUCUGCUGAGUCCACUUUUGUUGGUGGGUUUAUGGAGAAUUCUGGAUCUGGAGAAUCACUCUGAAGGGAAAUGAUCACUAACUGGAUCUACAGCUGCCUGUUUGACUGGAAACACACCUGAGAUCAGGUGAGAGUUUCACACAACUGAAAGUGAAAGUCUGAGCGUUCUCACUGGACGGAACAGCAGGGGCAGGAAAUGGCUUCCAGAUCUUUCUCAGAGGAGGAUUUCUCCUGUCCUGUGUGCUGUGAGAUCUUCAAGGAUCCUGUUGUUCUGCUCUGCAGCCACAGUGUGUGUAAAGUCUGUCUGCAGAAGUUCUGGGAAACGAAAGGAUCCAGAGAAUGUCCAGUUUGUAGGAGGAGAUCUUCAAUGGAACCUCCUACAAACCUGGCUUUAAAGAACCUGUGUGACAGGUUCUUACAGGAGAGAAGUCAGAGAAGUUCAGCAGAGUCUGAAAACAUCUGCAGUGACCACUCUGAGGAACUCAGACUCUUCUGUCUGGACAAUCUACAGCCGGUGUGUUUGGUGUGUCGGGACUCUAAAAAACACACCAACCACAAAUUUCUCCCCCUUCAGGAAGCAGCACUCGAAUACAAGGAGGAGCUCAAAACUGCACUGAAGCCCCUGAAGGAGAAACUGGACGUCUUUAAAAGGUUUAAGCUGGAUUUGGAUCGGACUGCAGAUCAUAUAAAGACUCAGGCCCGACGCACAGAGAGGCAGAUUAAGGAGGAGUUUGAGGAGCUUCACCAGUUUCUACGAGAUGAAGAGGCAGCCAGGAUAUCAGCACUGAGGGAGGAAGAGGAGCAGAAGAGUCAGACGAUGAAGGAGAGGAUUGAGAAGAUGAGCAGAGAGAUAUCAGCCCUUUCAGACACUAUCAGAGCCGUAGAAGAGGAGAUGGCAGCUGAAGAUGUUCCAUUCUUACAGAACUACAAGGCCACAGUGAAAAGAGCUCAGCUCACACUGCAGGAUCCAGAGAGCCUUUCAGGAGCGCUGCUCCAUGUGGCCAAACAUCUGGCCAACCUGAAGUUCACCGUCUGGGAGAAGAUGCAGCAGAUCGUUCACUUCACUCCUGUAACUCUGGACCCCAACACUGCUCAUCCUAAUCUCAUCCUCUCUGAUGAUCUGACCAGUCUGACAUACACUGAUGAGAAACAGCAGCUUCCUGAUAAUCCAGAGAGAUUUGAUAGACGUGUAUAUGUUCUGGGCUCUGAGGGCUUCAACUCAGGAACUCACUGCUGGGAUGUUGAAGUUGGAGACAGUGAAGACUGGGUACUGGGUGUGAUGACAGAGUCGGCUCAGAAGACGGGAUGGAUAUUAUCCAGGAGAGGAGUUUGGCGUGUGUUGUAUUACGGUAGUGAAUAUAGAGCCUGGUCUUCACCACAGCCACUUACUCCCCUCUCAGUAGGUCAGACAGUGCGGAGGGUCCGAGUGCAGCUGGACUGGGACAGAGGAAAACUCUCAUUCUCUGAUCCUCUCACUAAAACACACUUACACACUUUUACACACACAUUCACUGAGAGAGUGUUUCCACUGUUCAUACUGGUGAAAUCAGCCCUGUGAAAAUCUCAGCAGUGCAGUUUAGUGUAUCAGUGAAUCAGCUCAGUUAGAGCUCAUUCAGUCUUUGUGUGGAUCAGCACUGAAACACUGAUUAGUACUGAAAUGAUCUGCAGUUAUAAGAGCUGUUCAGUCACUGCAGCUCAGAUCAUCUGAGAAUCUUACUGAGCUGCUUAAACAUGUUUGUAGAAAGUUUAUCUGCAUUUCAGCUUUGAUACUUAGAAUGUAUAAAAUUGUAAAAUAAUACAUUCAGAAACAUUUGUGGAUUAUUCUACGAAAGUGAUUCAAAGUCAGAGUUGAAAACAAACCAAAUGCAAAACUGUAUAGUAUAAAUAAUGAAAAAAGCAUUUGCUGUAUUUGAUGUUUGUUGAUGAUGCCUUUAGAGGGCGCCAGUGAGUUAUGUUUGUUUAUUUAAUAUUGUGUUCUUUUACUUAACAGUUACACUCUUUAGCCCAGUUUUGACGUUUAGUCCAUUCUGUUCCGUAUGAUUCAGAGCGUUUUUGGUGAAUCUGCUCCCCAUGAUUCUCUAAACUGUUGGCUGGUUCUAAUUUCUCUGUGGAUAAAGAGUUUGAAGCUGCCGAGUCCAGACGCUUAUGAAACGUUCCUCCAGGAGAGCAGAGAGAAGAUCUACAGCCGUCUGCAGAAGCUUUAGGUCAGCAGCCCUCACCAGCCUGCACUGGACCCAGCAGGGGUCAGAGGUCGUUUCAGCCUUCUGGCUCAGAUCCAGAGACCUCAGAAACCAUCAGGCAAACUGUUACAAAACAGCAGUUUUACUCAGGCUGAGUGAGGCCGGUGCAAUCCAGCCACCGAACUGAGAUUUGUUCAAUAAAAAACGCAGAGAAGUUUUUAGGACUCUGUUAUUUCCUGACAGCGGUGCGCGUCUCUGAGUACGCCGUGACCCAAAUCUGAGGAAUACGUUUUAAGAACCGUGUGAGGAUGAACAGAAAUGAAGAUAUCAGCAGCAUCACAGGCUUCAGGGAUCAUUCUUCCAACCUGUACACAGCAGUUUUUGGUCUGGAGUGGAAAUGAACAUCACUGGGAAUUUCACUGAUCUGUCUGAAGUUUCUGCAUAAUUAAAAGGUUCAUAUAUAAUUUCAUUCAGAGCGGUUUGGUGUGAAACACUUGGUUCUAGAUAAACUUACAGAGUCAGAAUUGUUCACAGUGUUAGUGAUAGGAAUCAGGAGAUAUAUUACAGAAACUUACCUCUGAACUCUGAUCUGUUUGGUCUCCAUGACGACUUCAGUACAGACUGAAUUUCGGACAGUAGCUCUUACAGAGUAACAGUUCCUAACUUCAUCUCAUCUUUAACUCCAGAUAAGAAAACAGCAUCACACAAACAUCCUAACUAGACUAAACCUCCUAAAU